AUGAAAUCAGCUUCGCUUCGCAACCUGGUGGAGGAAACGUUGUAUGCGACACACAAGAGCAUUGACGUGGACAUAGGAGUCGAUAAAUCGAGCGCAAUGACGCUGGAGCUGGACCCGACAUUCAGCCGACGUACUCGCCACAUUGAACUGCAUUGGCACUACGUACGCGAGCAAGUUAGAAAGAACAAGAUCAUACUUCACAAGGUCACAACUGAAGAUAAUGCAGCGGAUCUUCUUAAGAAGGCGACAAGUCCAGACCGGAUUAAACACUUAAGUCAAUUCAUUGAGCUUAUGGAUGCGGACAAGUCAGACACUAGGAAUGGCCUUCAGCAUUGA